AGACCCGGUUACCCCAAAUCUCCGUUCAUGACUAACAAAGGGGCGCGCUUUUGAGUCGCUGCGAUAUCCACAAGCCACAAUGCCUCGUCGGUCCACUCUCUAUCUGCUCGCCUACAACUCUCUGCAGGCUAUCGGAUGGACCUUUUCCCUCCUUGCAAUUUUGACCAGUCUUCUGUCCACUCGCUCUGUCGCUGGAACUUAUGCUUCUGCCGGCAAGCUGAUAAGUUUGCUGCAAUGCAGUGCAUUCAUGGAAGUCAUACAUGGAGCCGUUGGCAUUGUGCCAAGUGGAGUAUUACUCACUCUAAUGCAAUGGGGAGGAAGGGUCCAUUUUCUGCUUGCAGUUGUUGAUAAAGUUGACGAGGUUUAUGUCCAGGAGUCACCGUCAGUCUUUAUAACUUUCCUUGCAUGGAGCAUAAGUGAGGUAAUUAGAUAUUCACAUUAUGCUUUCAACUGCAUCGAAAGUUGUCCUUCUUGGAUCACCUAUCUCAGGUACACCGCGUUUAUUGUGCUUUAUCCCUUAGGAAUUGGUCCUGGUGAAAUGUGGCUCAUGUAUCAAGCACUUCCUAUUAUUAAGAAGAGGAACCUCUAUGCAGUUGCCUUUUCUGGUCUCCCAUUCAGUUAUUAUGAUUUCCUCAAGGUUGUACUUGUAUUUUAUCCACUCCUCUGGCUGAAGCUUUAUCUGCAUUUGUUCAAGCAAAGGAAAGCAAAACUUCAAAAAGGCCAUGAAAAGAAAAGAACAUGAGGAGCAGAACUCCUGGUUUAUAAUUUGUUGACAAUCUCGUGAGGUUUUGCAUUCUUUAGGGUGAUAAUAUGAGCUCCUGCAAAGCUGAGACUUGAGUGUCUCAGCAUGUGGCACUUGCAUCUAGUUGGUAUUUUGCAGUUGACGGGAUUUUGUUGCAAAUUAAUGUCUAAUUGAAUGGUCGCUUAUUAUUCAGAAUUAUGGAUUACCAUCGCAGUUGCUAUGAAUAAGUUACUGCCUGUAGUAUAUGGGGUGUUUCGUACAAAUUACUAUACGUAACUUGUAUGGGUUUAGUCUCUACAUUAUUUCCUUUGUAAUCUGUUGUGAACUCUCUCUUUCAAAGUUGAUGCAGGCGUUCCUGAAACAUAUAUUAUAACAUUAGGCAGAGUUGGAUCUU